UUUAAUGGUAAACUGCUAAAAAUCCUCGCUAAUACCUUUAAACACCGUCUUGGAAUUUCAGACGAAUAUAUUGCCUCCAGCGUCUCGGCCACACAGUCGAGCGGUGCUGUACAGGAGUCGAACCUUUCCAAUCAACACUCGGGCACUUGCAGGGCCUGCUCAUUUGUAACACGUGAGGAGAUUGGCUUCGUCAGUCAGGACUUUACCGCCAAGACCGCCUACGUCUCCACACAGUUUCCUGUCGACCCCGCUAUUGCGUCCAUAGUGUUACCGGGCCGCGAGGGACCAGUGUACUUUGGUGAUGAUGUGAACGGACACGUUAUUAGUUACGCCUUCUUCAUCAAGGACCACAGCGCUCGAGGCUAUCAAGUGAAGUACAGUUUCCUUGUCAUCAGCUGGGACCAGAUUUUCCUCAUGAACCUAUGGCCUUUCAUUGUGAGUCAGUCAGUCAAUCUCAACUUUUCUUCUAAUUUCUUUUGA